AUGACGAUGAACCAGCCCGUUCGGAAUAAGAAGGAAAAGUCUCGAAGUGGUUGCCUCGUGUGUAAGCGACGGCGCGUCAAGUGCGACGAGCAAGAGCCGAGCUGCCAGAGAUGUAUCAAGAUUGGGACCGAAUGCCCCGGAUACAAGAGACCUGUGAAAUGGUCUACCAAAUAUGAGAAGACGGCGGUCUCUGACCGCAACACGGCCAAUGUUUGCAGAGGAAAGACUUCCAGACUGGCUGAACGUGACCAGAGACUCCCAGUGUUGCCGGAGAAUCCGACAUUGCUGGCACCUACACAUCUUGAAGAUGUACCCCGUCCCAUUGAGACCAGGGAAUUCGAUACUGUCUUGGUGUCAGGAACGUUGAAGAGCAUAGUCUGCCAUGUUCUUUCCUCGUUCGAUUCCUUGCACAAUCCAUUCCGCUCGGAAGUGCCUAGGCUAUUCAGUCAGUCUCCGCUGCUGCUCUACUGCGUGUUGAGCAUGUCCGCCGCACACCUGUACCAAAACGAAGAGUCAAAGAUUGCUGUUCCAUUGGAACUCCAGACCAAGGCCAUCUCAUACUUAGCGGGGCAGCUACCCACGCCACCCCCUAUCGACGGGCUUGAAGUGAAUGACAUCGUGCAUCUCCACGGAUCGAGGGAAGUCUUCAAGGCUUGGAUGUCAUCCAGCCAUCUCAACACCACCAACGACAGAAGAGUAAUGGGCGCGACGCAAGACUUUGUGAUCUCAUCCAUGGUGUACUGGGAAGCCAUGAGCUCCUUCAUCGUGGACCAAGAUACAGAUGCCCUAUCCUAUCUAGACGUCUUCUGCCACCUUCCAUGUUCUCUCAAAAGGUACCCAUGUCCCUGGACAGGUGUCGGAACAGCCAUGUUCAUCUACCUCGCUAAAACGGCGGCGCUGGUGAGGAGACUGAGAGCUCUGCGGCGUAGCUCUUCGGGCAUGUUCCAAAGGAGUGACGGCAUUAUCCAAGAUACAUCCUACUACUCGGAUCUCUUACGACAAGCCACGGCCUUGAUAAAGAGCAUUUCGGCACUUGAAGCGCCGACUGUGAGCUCAUUCACGGAUAUCGGGGAUGUUUUUACGCCUCUGGGUCACCUCAUCGCCAUGGAGCAAUGUUACCGGCUGGCGGCUCUACUCGAGUUGACUAGGGCAUUUCCCGAAGUAGUGGGCACACAUGUCGUUCAGAACCACGACGCCGGGCUGAAUGGUGACGAGCAGGAGAAGAACCGGCCGGUAGAAAGAGUUUGCAAUCUUGCUUUGAGGAUACUCUGGAUCACGGAAGGGAUACCCGUCACAUCUGGCACCGUCUCGACGCAGCUUUUACCGCUCAUCAUCGCCGGGAGCGUUCUCGGUCUAGUUUCGAGAGAGAAUAUUGCCGGCGGAGGUAUCGAGUCUCUAGGCAGCAUUGGUCUCAGCAGAGACGGAGUAAGUAGAAAAGCAUUCAAGUAUAAAGACUCAAAGAAGAACCAGCGUUAUCAGCGAGUUUGGAGGUCUCGGCAGUUGAAUGCCAUCCGUUUACACGCUUCAGGAUGUAUUAGCGCACCUCGCACUUUUUGUCCUAAUUAG